AUAAAAUAUACCCAAGCAAUUUUACUGCUUCGUAAAGUACGAGUAUAUUUAGAAAAGACUGAAAGUAAAAACCAAAAAUGUCUGAAAAGCUCGUUGUUACUGUAAACGAAGGAAAAAUUCGAGGAAUCAAACAAAAAUCUGUGUUUUCUGGUACCGAAUAUUAUUCUUUCUUUGGAGUACCUUAUGGAAAACCACCUACAGAUGUGCUCCGGUUCAAGGAUCCAGUUAAAGUAAAACCUUGGAAAGAUAUAUACGAUGCAACGGUUGAAAGAGAAGGCUGCGUACAAUUUUCAUUACUGACUUAUGAGCUUAUAGGAACAGAAGACUGCUUAUUUAAUAAUAUUUAUACGACAAAGUUACCACAGAAUAAUGAAGCUCUUAUGCCAGUAAUAGUCAACAUUCAUCCAGGAGCGUUUAGCUUCGGUUCACCACAAACAAAAUUCUACGGAUCUCCUGAAUUCAUAAUGCAUAAUGACAUCGUAUAUGUCUGCAUUGCAUACAGAUUGCAUAUUUUGGGGUUCUUAAACUUGAGAUUAAAGGAAUGUUCGGGCAAUCAAGCGGUUAAAGAUAUAGUUUUAUCACUUCGAUGGAUCAAAAAUAAUGUACGAUCAUUUGGAGGCGAUCCAGAUAACGUGACAUUAAUCGGGAGCAGCAGUGGAUCAGUACUUGCUCACACGCUAAUACUAUCACCUUCAGCUAAAGGUCUAUUUCACAAAGCUGUAAUGAUGGGUGGGCAUGUGAACUAUGCAGUCAUACCUCUUCAAGAAACAAAUGAAGAUCAUGCUCGAGAAAUAGCGAAACAGUUCGGUUACGACGGAAGCCUUCAAGACAAUAAAAAAAUAUUGAUGUUUUUAAAGAAGCUAGAUGCGAUAAUGCUGAUUGAAGGGUUCAAACGUUGUCAAAAUACUUUACAAGAGACUAUUGCUCCUAUCUUUCCGAUGUGUGUGUUUAAUCCAACAUUCGAUCGAGGAGAUAUUUUACCAGAUUUGCCGAACAAUCUGAUAAAAACAAUGGCACGAAUACCAAUCAUGAUAGGAUUUUCACAAAUUGAAUCCAUAAUGGGAUAUGUUCGUGCAGUGCGGCCAUUCACGGAGAAAAACUUCAAAGGCUCUCUUCGUCAAAAUUUCUUCGGAUGGGGAUAUCACCUCAGUGAUGAUGACGUCCAGUCAAUCUACAAAGAAGUGGAAGCAUUUUACUUGGAGGGUCAACCUGUCGAACAAGCACCAUUGCCCGUUAAAAUGGAUAUUCAAAGCGACGUAUCGAUGUUCGAUGUUUAUGAAACGGUCAUCAAUCCAAUAUCAGAGGACUUACCCUCCUCCGUAUUCGUUUAUAAAUUCGAAUUCGAAGGAAAUAUUCAUUCCAUGAACGCGACACUAAACAGCAUGAUUGAUGAACCGAUUAAAGGAACUUUUCAUGCUAGCGACUUUAGUUACUGGAAUCGAUUUGGCGACCCGAAGGAUAAUAAAACACGCAAAAUGGUGGAAACAUUCACUCAACUCGUCACUACUUUCGCUAGAACAGGAAAUCCGAAUUAUGAAAAUUUCCCAGUGAAUUGGGAAUCAACUACGCCAGAAAAGCCAUGUUAUCUGAGCAUUAACAAUCCUAUGGUAAUGGUUGAUGGUAAAUUGAAUAACGACAGGGUGGAAUUUUGGGAACGAGUACGCAAGAAGUAUGCCAGAUCGAAUGGCGAUGAUUAACUAUGUACCUAGCUAAUUAUGAAUCGAUGUACCUAUUUUUGCUGUACAAUAAUGCAACAAGGUUUUCUACUUCAGCAAA